AUGGGCAUUUACACUCGGCUACCCGACGGCAUCAAUGAGGUCGACAUCAUUGUCGCCGGUGGCGGUCUCGCGGCGUGCGUCGUUGCUUCCAGGCUCGCCGAUGCCGACCCGUCGCUGUCCAUCCUCGUAGUAGAGGGCGGGCAGAAUAAUCAGGGCAACCACUCAAUUGCGUUCCCCCUCCUUUUCCCAACUGCCCUGCUUCCCACCAAUGCUGCAACCCUGUUAUACAAGGGAAAUGCCGAGCCACAGUUGGACAACCGCGAAAUGACCGUCCCAGCCGGUGGUGUUCUGGGCGGAGGUUCGUCUAUCAACUUUAUGAUGUACAGUCGUGCUCAACGCCAUGAUUGGGAUUCGUGGGCCACUCCCGGAUGGACCGCAGAUGAAAUGAUCCCUUUCUUAAAAAAGGCAGAUGGCCCUAUUGUUGUGUCCCAGGGAACGUUCUGCUCUGAGCGUGUGACAGAUCAAUUCAUUGCUGCCGCCAACGAGGUAGGAUAUCCGACGGUCAAGGAUCUUCAAGACCUCGACACCAACAACGGCGUUCAACGUGCCCUCCGCUUUGUCGGCACAGAUGGCCGCCGCCAGGAUGCCGCCAGUAACUACUUGCAUCCGAGGCUGGAAGAUGGAGCACACCCAAACCUCCACGUCCUUGUUGAGACCAAGGUUAUCAAGAUACUGUUCGAGGGCAAACGAGCCGUGGGUAUUGAGUUCAAGCCAAACCCUGCCUUCCAAAAUGACAACGCCAAUGUCCAAAGAGUCAAGGCCAGGAAGCUUGUAAUUGGUUCCUGUGGCGCUCUCGGGACCCCAUUGCUUCUCGAGAGGUCCGGCCUCGGCGACGAAGCCGUUCUCAACAAGGCCGGCGUCCCUGUUGUCGCCCAUAUCCCUGGAAUCGGCCAGAACUACCAGGACCAUCAUCUCUUGGUUCAACCAUACUACAGUGCCUUGGAGCCAAGCGAGACAUUUGAUGCCCCCCUGGCCGGUAGAAUUAACAUAGACGAGUUAAUCAAAUCAAAUGCGCCAAUCAUGGGGUGGAAUGGCCAAGAUGUCUCCUGCAAGCUGCGUCCCACGGAGGCCGAUGUCGCUGCCCUUGGACCUGAAUUCGAGGCGGCAUAUGCAACGGACUAUCUCUCCACCCCCAACAAGCCCCUGGCGCUACUGGCUUUGCUGGGCGGCUUCCCCGGUGAUCCGUCCAGCGUUGAGCCAGCACAAUACCUCGCAACCACUACGUUCACCGUCUACCCCUACUCCCGAGGCUACGUCCACAUCACAGGCCCAGAUCUCGAGGCGGAUAUCGCGUUUGAAACUGGAUUCUUGAACAGUGAAUUGGAUGUCAAGAAGCUCAUUUGGGCGUACAAGAAGCAGCGAGAAAUCGUGCGCAGAAUGGAUGUUUACCGCGGAGAGCUUGCUGGCGCGCAUCCGCCGUUUGCUGAGGAUUCAGCCGCGGCUCUUGUCAAGCUGGACAAGCCAAAUGACAAGAAUAUCGCUGACAUCCAAUACACUGCAGAGGACGACAAGGUCAUUGCGGGCUGGGUGUGCAAGAAUGUCAGCACCACCUGGCAUUCGCUGGGUACUUGCAAGAUGGGCGCGCUGGCCGACGGCGGCGUGGUUGAUGCCGACCUCAAUGUUCAUGGCAUUGAGAGCCUGAAGCUCGUGGACCUGAGCAUCGUUCCUCAAAAUAUCGGGGCAAACACGGCCACCACUACAUAUGCAAUUGGUGAGAAGGCAGCUACCAUCAUCUUGAAAGAUCUUGGGCUUGCUGUUAGCCAGUGA